GCAUGCGCAGUUCACGUCUCUACUCCCGCAGUACAGCUCAGAAUGAAUAAGAAGGGCCACGUCAAAUUGAAUGAAACUGUCUUUUGUUGCUUAUAAUUCAUCCUGGAUCAUCUCUGCCUUCUCAACCGCGUCCAGAACCGCAAUGGAGGAAGAGGAGGGGCACAAAAAAAUGAAGUAUUUGUUAGUCAUCUGUUAAGCUAACCAGCUAGCUGCCGUUAGCAUCGGGCUCCCGCAGGAAGCAGCAUCAGUGGUGUUGCUGCUUAUUAUAAGAAACAGGAAGAUGUACUUUCUCUACACAAUCAUCGCGUCCUUAGUUGCUUUUUUCAUUCUGAAAUGGAUGAAAAAGAGGAGGUAUUGUACCGAUUUGAAAAGACUUGAUGGCAAAACAGUUGUUAUUACAGGUGGGAAUUCCGGCAUCGGCAAGGAGUCAGCCGUUGCCUUGGCAGCGAGAGGCGCCCGCGUCGUCGUCGCCUGCAGAGACCCCGACAAGGCUGAGGAGGCCGUGAGGGAGAUCAAGGUCAGGAGCCGCAGCCUCAACGUCCUCCACAUGGAGCUGGAUCUCGCCAACCUGCGCUCUGUGAGGGGAUUCUGCAAGAACUUCCUCCAGAGGGAGAAGAGGCUUGACAUCCUGAUCAAUAACGCAGCCAUGCCCGGCGUCCUCGACUGGACGGACGACAGCUUCAGCAUGUGUUUUGGCGUCAACCACCUGGGUCACUUCCUCCUAACCAACCUGCUUCUGCCCCGGCUGAAGGAAUGCGCCCCCAGCCGGGUGGUCACCCUCACGUGCUCCACCUACAAAUACCAGAAGCUCAACUUCCAGGACCUCAACUACAACCUGCUGCCCUUCUUCACCUACUGCCGCAGCAAGCUGGCUAACGUCUACUUCAGUCAGGAAGUGGCCCGCGUCACUGAAGGGAAAGGAGUGACCUCCUACGCCGUGCACCCUGGUUUGGUCCAAAGCGGCUGGACGUGCCACUACUCCGUCCUGUUCCGCAUGCUGAUGCAGGUGAUCAUGUGGAUGUUUUUCGUGCCGUGUGAGGUCGGGGCUCAGACCGUCAUCUACUGCGCUGUGUCACAGGAAGCAGCCAAACACAACGGGGGUUACUUCGUCGACUGCCGACCGGCCGCUCUGCGUCCCUUCGCCAGAGACGCUGCUGUGGCUAAAAAGCUGUGGGAGGUCAGCGAGAGGCUGGUGAAAGAGGCCUGAUGGGGAAGAUGUGGGCAGGUUGGACCUCAUGUGCUUCUUUUGUGUUUGUGUUUUUCAUUCACAUCGGUGGUGUUGUUGGCAGAUGUAAAGAUUUAGUUGUGCAAUUUGAGAUGUUUUGCGUGAAUAAAAGACGUUACAAUGCU